AGCUCCCCGGCCGACUGGGUCCGUCUUCUUUUCCUUUCUUUCCAUGGGCUUCCCUUCCAUUAUUUUCAAGAACAGAGAGCUGCUGCUGCAAUGGCGGCGGCCUGCCUGCGCUCAGGCGACAAAGACGCUUUCUUUCCGGGGACCCGCCGAGUUCGGUCCCUCCUCCGGCGAGUCGCGUUGCUUCACGGCAUCGUCGGAGGAGGAGGGGGAGGGCGGUGAUCGGUCGUCGUCGGAGGAGACGAUCAUACGGGAAGUGGUGAGGAGGUCGUCGGACCGGCUGUUCUUCGAGGAGCCCGGAGAAUGCGCCACCAGUUCCUUAUUCGUCCAGCCAUAUGUGGAAGAGGCAAAGGAGAAAAUGAGUGAAGGACAAGUGGGAGAAGAAGAGAGGAGCCCAUUCAAGGAGGGUGUGGUUGUGGCAAUGGAAACAAAGGACCCAUAUAGGGACUUCAAGAGGUCAAUGCAAGAAAUGGUGGAGUGCUAUAUAAUUGAUGAUGAUGAUGAAGAGGGGAUGAAGUUGAAGAAAUGGGAGUGGCUUCAAGAGCUUCUUGGUGGUGGUCACAUGGAGAUUGAGGAGGAACAAGGAUAUUGAACAUGCAUAUAUGCAUGUACUUUAAGAAAUAGUUUGCUACAUAUGAUUUUCUUGUUGUGUUUUUGUUGUGAUUUGUGUAUAUUUCUGUGUAUAAAUUAAUGAAAGAAAGAGGAUGGUAAGCUAGCACUAAGAAACGUUUGUAAAUUACAAUUUUGCCUCUCGUUGUAAUAUAUACGACUUUAGUUUAAAUAUUGUGUCACUCUCUCAUAAAACACGGCGAGGAAUUGAUGUGGAAAAUUUCCCCAAGAAAUUUGAGACCCAAGG